AUGUCGGCGCGGCUGGCGGCGACCGACGAGGCUCUGGUGCAGCAGGCGCGCGCGGAGGAGCGCGCGCAGCUCGCGGCGGCGGAGGAGCGGCUCGCGGCGUUCGAGGCCGAGGCGGAGCAGCUGCGCGCGGCGCUGACGGCGCAGCGGCGGACGUUGUGCGACCCCGCGCUGUGGGCGUCCGUCGCGCAGGUGCUGUCGACGUUCGAGGGCGGCGCAGGCGCGGACGCGGGCGCCGGAGCGCUGCGCGAGGUCCUGCCGCUGGUGGAGGAGCAGCUCGCGCGGUGCGGGGCCGCGGGGGGCGGCGACGGCGCGGGGCUGCAGGAGGUGGCGACGGGCGUCGCGGACGCGGUCGCGGUGCUGCUCAAGGCCAACGCGGGGCUGGCGCGGUGCGCGCGGGCCGGGGAGGAUCUCGGACGCGAGCUGCGGGCGCGGUGCGAGCAGCAGCAGGAGCGGGCGGAGGGCGCGGAGGGGCGGUGCGCGGCCGAGGUGCGGCGGGGCGCGGCCGCGGCGCGGCGCGCGGAGGAGGCCGAGCUGCAGGUGCGCGAGGCGGCCGCGGAGCUCGACGCCGCCCGCGCGGCCCUCGCCGAGCGCGACGCCCAGGUCAGCGCGCUGGUAGCAGCGGUCGACGCCGCCCGCGACGAGCUGUGCGCGCUCCCCGCGCGCGUCGACGCCGCCGAGGCCGCGGCCGCGGACGCGCGCGGCGAGCUCGCGCGGUGCCAGCAGGCGCUCGCGGACGCGCGCGCGGAGUCGGCGGCGCGGCAGAGGCGCGUCGCGGAGCUGCAGGGUGCACUCUCCGAGGCGCACAGCGACGCGGAGGCCGCCGCGCGCCGCCUGGGGGAGUCGCGGGUGGAGGAGGCGGUCGCGAAGGAGCGCGCGAGCGUGCGGGCGCGGCUGGCGAGCCUUGCGCAGCGCGUGGAGGGGUACGAGCACGUGGCGCGGGAGCUGGACGAGGCGAACCGUGCCAGGGGGGAGUUGACCGCGCAGCUGAGUCAGGCACGCCGGGAGGCCGCGGCGGCGCGGGAGGAGAGGGGGCGGGCGGAGGCGAAGCUCAGGGCGACGGCUGGCGAGGUCGAGGGCGCGCGGCGCGAGCUCGCGGCGUGCCGCGAGCAGUUGUCGGGCAUGGAGGCUGACGUCAGGCAGAGCCGGAGUCAGGCCGCCGAGGCGGGGCGCGCCGCCACCAGCGCCCGCGCGGAGGCCGACGACCACCUCCGCUUCGCCGCGUCCGUCGCCACGAAGCUGAACGCCUGCAUCGGGGGCCUCGCUGCGCGCUGUCCGCCCGACGACGCGCAAAACACCCCCCCGCCGUCAGACGGGCCCUUCGGCGCGCUCGCGGCGGCCUCCGACGCGGUCGCCGCGGCGUGCGCGCGCGCGUCCGAGCGCAUCGGCGGCCUCGAGCAGUCGGACCUCGCCGCGGCGCGGGCGGCGGCAUCGAGCCUCGAGGACGCCGUGCGGGGCGUCAUGGAGGACCGCGAGGGCGCGGAGGGCCGCGUGCGCGCGCUGGAGGCCGCGGUGUCGAGCGCGUCGGACGGCGUCGCGCAGCUGCGGCGGCAGCACGAGGACGCCGCGCGGGGCCUGCGGGAGGAGCUUGCGGCGGCGCGGAAGGCCGAGGAGCAGGCGCGCGUGCGCGAGGGCCGCGCGCAGCGCGACGCCGCGGAGCUGCGCGCGAAGGCGACGCGGCUGGGCGGAGAGCUGGAGGAGGUGCGCGGCCAGGCGACGGAGGCCGGGGGUUUGGCGGCGGCGCGGGCGCGGCAGCUCGCGGUCGCGACGCAGGAGCUCGCGGAGGGCGCUGCGCGCGCCCGCAGGCGCGGGCGGCGCGCGGCGGACCUGGAGGCCGCGUUGGCGGAAUCGCGGGAGGAGGCGGCGCGCCCCGCGCGGGCGGGGCGGCAGGUCGCGGCGCUCGAGGGCGAGCGCGCGCGCCUCGUCCGCGACCUGACGGCGGCGGAGCGCCGGCUGAGUCAGGCUACGGAGCGCGCGGACGCGGCGGAGAAGGCGGCGGCCGGCAGCCGGACCGCCGCGGACCGCGCCGCGCGGUGCCUCGCGCACGUCGAGCGGAAGCUCGCGCACGAGGCCGCGCUGCUGUCGAAGUCGGAGGCGCGGGCGGCGGAGCUGGCUCGGGAGGUGGACGCGGUGCGCGCGGGGGCGCACGGGCGGGUGGAGGCGGCCAAGGGGGCGCUGACGGCGGCGGUGGCGCAGAACCGCACGAUGGUCGCGGCGCUGGACCGCGCGUUCGAGGAGCGUGACGCGGCACGCGAGGAGCUCGCGCGCGUGGCGGACGCGCGGCCCGCGAUGCAGGACAUCGCGGUGGACGCAACUGCGUUGUUUGAGGGGCGGGACGCGAGCGCAGAGGCUGGGACGGCGCUGGCGGUGCGGGACGCGGCGGUGGAGGACGACUGCGACGUCGCGGCGCUGCGGGAGCAGGUUGCGAGCAAAUCGGAUCGGAUUCGGGAGCUGCAGGGGGUUCUGGCGGACGUGGCGCAGGAGCGCGAGGACCUCGAGGCGGCGCGCGCGGCGACUCUGGAGGAUCUCCGCGGCAUCACGGAGCGCAACGCUGCGCUGUCGUCGUCGCUGGACGCCGCGGAGGCGCGCGUGGCGGAGCUGGAGUCGCGUGUGGUGGCGGCGGACGCGCAGGCGCAGGCGGCGGCGGGCGACGCGGCGACGGCGCAGGAGCGGCUGAGGGAGGCGCGGGCGCGGUGUGCGGCGAUGGAGGCGGAGCUUGCGGCGGCGGCGCGGGCGAGGGAGGAGCUAGAGGGUGCGCUGCGCACCGCGACCGAGGAUGCGGACGGGGCGCGCGAGGCGCUGCGGGUGGCGCGGGCGGAGAUGGGCGAGCUGCGGAGGAUCCAGGAGGAGGACGUGCGGAACCUGUGGGUGACUGUGGCGGAGAUGGGCGGCGGGGAGGGCGGGGGUGUUCCCGGGGAUGUCGGGGGGGUCCCGGGGGCGUCCGAGGUGCUCGGGCAGCACCUGCGGGGCAUCGGGGAGCGCGUGGAGCGCGUGGAGGCGGAGCGCGAUGCGGAGAGGGAGCGUGCGGAGGCGCGCCGCGCGCAGGAGGCCGCGCAGACAGCGCAGCUGUCGCAGCGCUGUGCGGCGCUGCAGGGGUCCCUGGCGGAGACCCAGGCGUACCUCGCGUCGGCGAUCGAGGAGCACCAGCGCGUCCACGCAGCCAAGCAGGAGGCCGAGGAGAGGUCGAGCAAGCUCGCGGCGGACCUCGCAGCGCUGAAGACGGAGUCCGCGCGGGCGCAGGCGGGCGCGCAGGAGCAGUCCGAGCGCGCUGCGGCGGAGACCGAGAGCCUGCGUGCUGCGGUCGCGGCCGCCGAGUCGCGCGCCGCCGCUGCGGAGGCGGAGGCGCGCCGCGUCGCGGAGCAGGCAGAUGCGACGCAUGGCGUGCUUCGUGCGGCCGCGGAGGAGGCCGCCCUGGAGGCCAGCGCGCUGCGGGGCGCCCUCGAGGAGGCCGAGGCCGCGGCAGCGGCCUCCGCGUCUGCUGCGGAGUCGGCGCGCGGGGAGCUGAGGGCAGCGCUCGACGCGCUGUCGGCCGCGCACGCCGGCGCGAAGGACGGCCGAGCAGCCGCCGACGCGGCCGAGGCGCGGGCGGUGGAGCUCGAGCGCGCCCUUGCCGCCGAGCGCGAGUCGCUCGCGGCCGCACAGAUCCGUGCAGACGACCUCGAGGCUCAUGCACGGCGCAGCGCUGAAGAGGCGGCACGUGCGCGCGCGCAGGCCGAGGAGCGGGAGGCGCAGUCGCGGGACGAGGCGGCCCGGGAGCUGGAGGCGCGCGCGACGGGUCACCGGCGCACGAUCGAGGACCUGGAAUCGCGGGUGCGGUCGCUGGCGACGGCGAUCGAUGCGAAGGAGGCGGAGGGGGACAAGCUGCAUCGGCAGGUCGCGCGGCUGAAGCAGGCGCUGCAGGCGCGGUCGGCGGCGCUCGAGGCGGCGGAGGGGCGCGCGAGGGAGGCGGAGGAGGCGCGUGCAGAGGCAGCGCGGCGCGCGGAGGCCCUGGAGGGCGCGGCGGCGAAGCCGGCGGGGGCGGGCGCCGGCGAAGGGCUGCCGUCGCCCGCGCACUGGCCUGUGGGGCAGGUGCAGCGCUGCGAGGCCGCAGGGGCGCUGCCGGCGCCCGCGGCAUGGCCGGCGAGCUCAACGGUGCACACGGGCGAGGGCACGCGCGGCCAGGACGCGGCCGCGGCGGACGUGGAGGGUGAUGCGCAUGAGGAGCGGCCGCAGCCGGCUCGGUGGCCCGCUGCGGAGGCGGACGCCAAGCCGAGCGACGCAGGCCGAACCACGGCACGCGGGGGCGGCGCCGAACGCGCGCAGGCGAAGCCGGCCCCAGGGUCGGCGCGCGAGGAGCGUGACGCGGCUGUGGAGCAAGCGCCGCGCGCGGAGCAAGGGCCGGAGGUCGCUGGCGCUGAGUCCGGUCAGACAACGGACAACACAGGCACCGGCAACGGCGAUGCGGUCGCGGAGCACGCGCACGACGGGGUCGCUGACGCGUGCGCGGUGCAGGAGGCGAGCGCCUCCGCUCCGGCGACGCUGUACGUCCCGGAGGGCAAGCGGCGGCCGGCGGGGCGUAGGGAGCCCACGCAGGCACGUGUGGGCGACGCGCCAGGCGACGCCGCGCAUCCAGCGCUGCAGGACCUGCACGAGCACCUGCACGCCGCGCUGUCCGCGGUGCCGCGCGGCGCGCCCUCCGCAGCGCCCGACGCGCCCACGCCCGCCAACACGCCCCCGUGGGCGUCGGACGCCGCCUCCGCGCUGUCUGCGGCGGUGGAGCGGCUGGACGCGUUCGGGUCGCGCCUCGCGGACGCCGAGAGCCGCGCGGGGGCCGCGGAGGUCCGCGCCGCGGGCCUGGAGGCGGAGGUGGCGGCGCUGCAGCGCGGGAUUCGCGAGGCCGAGGCGCUGCACUCGCGGGCGGCGUCGGCGGCGCAGGCGGCGGAGUCGCGCGUGCGGACGCUGACGGAGGAGGCAGCGGAGCUGCGUGCGGCGCUCGAGACGGCCCGCGCGGCCGCCACGGGCACGUCUGGCGAGGUGGCGCGGGCGAUGGCGCCGCUGGAGCGGCGGCUCGCGGAGAGCUCGGAGGCGCUGACGGCGGCGCGGCUCGAGGCGGCGAAGGCGAACGAGGCGACGGAUGCGGCGGAGGCGCAGGCGCGGCGGCUGGCGGCGGAGCUGACGUCGGCGCGCGCCGGCGAGGCGGACCGGGCGGCCGAGGUGGAGCACGCGCAGCGGUUGGCGGCGCGGCUGCAGGCGGAGGUGGCCGCGCACCGCACGCAGGCGAGCAAGCUGCUGGAGGCGCUCGGCGCGGCCGGGGCGGGCGAGGGGGAGGGGGGUGUCGAGGGGGGGAGUGCGGGGCUCACGUCGGGCGUGGAGCAGCUGCAGGGGCUGUGGCGGCGCGCGGUCGACGCGGCGGAGAGGGACGCGGAGGAGGCGGACGCCGCGGCGCAGAGCCUGCGCGCACAGCUCGAGCGAACGGAAGCCGCCCGGGCAGCCGCGGAGGCGACGUGCGACGAGCUCGAGGACCAGCUGGCGGCGGCUCGCGCGGAGUCGGAGGGCGCACGGGCGUCCGCGGGCCUCGCUGCGCAGGUGGCGGCGCUGGAGGUGGAGCUCGCGGCCGCGAACGCGGCCCGCAGCGAGGCCGAGGGGGCGUCGCGCGACGCGGCUGCCAAGGCGGUACAGCGCUCGGAGGAGGCGCACCACGCGCGCAAGGAGGCGCGGGCGGCGAAGAAGGCGGCCGCGGACGCCGCGGCGGAGGCGGAGCGGCUGCGGGCGCGCGUGGCGGAGCUGGAGGCGGCGGCGGCGGCGGCGACGGAGCGCGGUGACGGCGCGGCCGCGGAGCUGAAGGCGACGCGCGCGCAGCUUGCGCGGAAAGAGCGGGAGUGCGUGGAGCUCUCGACGAUGCUCAAGGCCUGGGAGCGGAUCCGGUCGUCGCACGCGAAGCAGCUGCAGCAGAUGAGCACCGACAGCGGGGGGGGUGUCGAGGGGGGUGUCGACGCCGGCGCGGCGCGGGAGCCGGCGCCGGGUGCGGGGCAGGAGCGCGCCACGCGGGCCGCGCCGCCCGGAGCGGUGGCUGCGUGGCUGCCGCCCCCGAACCCUCGCCCGGCGCGCGUCAAACGCGGGGAGAGCGGCACAGACCGGAGGGCGCUCGCCUUCCUGGGGACGAAGCGCAUGAACGCGGGCGCGAGAGUGUGA